AUGAUGGACAUCACCGGAUUUACCGAAACUCAACUUGAUGUCCGCUCUGCCGUCGCGCAAGUCUGCUCCGAUUUCCCCAACACAUAUUGGCAAGAGCACGACCAGGCGCAGACCGACCCGAAGGAGUUUCAUGCUGCUCUGGCAAAGGCGGGCUGGCUUGGGAUAGCGCUGCCCGAACACCUUGGUGGCAGUGGACUGGGGAUUUCCGAGGCCACAAUGAUGAUGCAGACAAUUUCGGAAAGCGGGGCCGGGAUGGCUGGCGCGCAGUCGGUGCAUGCCAACGUUUAUGCGACUCAGCCAUUGGCACGCUUCGGCAACGAGAGCCAGACGGAGACGGUCCUCCCCAAAGUCAUCAGUGGAGAGUGGCGGGUGUGCUUCGGUGUAACUGAGCCGAAUGCCGGACUGGACACCCUGAGCUUAAAGACUUUUGCGCGCAAGGAUGGGGACGUAUAUCGGGUUACGGGCCAGAAGAUUUGGAUAACCUGUGCCCAGGUCGCGAAGAAGAUGAUGCUGCUUGCCCGGACUACGCCCGUCGACCAAGUGAAGAAACCCAGUGAAGGUCUUUCGCUGUUCUGCAUCGACUUGGACCGCGAAAGGCCUGGACUUGACAUGCGCAAAAUCAAGAAGAUGGGCGGGAGGGCGGUAGAUGCAAACGAGGUGUUCUUUGACAACUACGAGAUACCGGCCGAUUCCUUGGUAGGAGAGGAGAGCAAGGGCUUCAAGAUUAUUCUGCAUGGGAUGAAUGCCGAACGGUGUUUACUGGCGGGAGAGGCGCUUGGGCUUGGAUAUGCAGCGCUCAAACGGGCAGCAGAGUACGCAAAAGAGCGAGUCGUUUUCCAGCGGCCGAUUGGGAUGAAUCAAGGCAUUUCCCACCCACUCGCCGACGCGUGGAUGAAGUUAGAAGGCGCAAAAUUUGCCACAUACCAUGCAGCCCGCCUCUUCGACGCCAGCAAGAAAGACAAAUCGAUUUCGGCGCACUCGUUGGGUGUGGCAUGUAACGCAGCCAAAUACAUGGCGGCCGAGGCAGCAUUCACCGCAGCAGAAAGGGCAGUGUUGACGCAUGGAGGCAUGGGUUAUGCAGCAGAAUAUGACGUUGAGCGAUGGUUUAGGGAAAGUCUGGUCCCCAGAAUCGCUCCGGUCUCAAGGGAGAUGAUCCUGAAUUACAUUUCAGAGAAGGUGUUGGAGCUGCCACGCAGUUACUGA